AUGCAGGAGUUGGCCUUGUGUCUUUGUGUUGGUAGCUAUGUUCAAAGAAACUUAUUGUUAACUGUUCCGCGCCUUACGUUCAUCCUUUCUCACUUCGUCUCUAUCCUCCUCCCUUCUUGUCUUCGUCUCCUCCUCCCGCUCUCUCACUCGCAUGUAUUCGUCCCCAGGCUGCAGUUUCCUCAGCUGGCCUUAAGGAGGCGCCUGGGUGCUCUGAGGCGCCGUGCCACGCCCCUCUCAUUCCUGCUCUACUUUUUAUCGCUGGGCCACGCCCCUCUCCGCAAGCCUGGCGCUGUCGGCAACUGGGGCCCGACAACCAGGGUGGCGUUGUACCGCAGCAUCCCCACUCGGCUGGUGUCGCGGGCGUGGGGUCGUCUGAAUCGUGUUGAGCUCCCAGCAUGGCUCAGGAAGCCAGUCUAUAGGCUCUAUAUCUGGACCUUUGGCGUCAACAUGAAGGAGGCGGAGGUGGAGGAUCUGGCUUCUUAUCGUAACCUGGGAGAGUUCUUCAGACGACCGCUGAAACCCCACACUAGACCUGUCUGUCCCUCUAGCUGUGUGAUCAGCCCAGCCGAUGGGCGUGUCCUCCAUUGUGGGCGCGUCGUGAACGGAGAGCUGGAGCAGGUGAAGGGUGUUACCUACAAGCUGCAUGACUUCCUUGGACCAAUCACCUGGGGCUCCACCCCAAACACAGGAGGCCACGACCCCUCUAUGCCAGACCCGGCGGCCUUCGAGGAACAACUCCUGUGUAGCCCUGGCAACCAGCUGUACCACUGCGUGGUGUACCUGGCCCCCGGCGACUACCACCGCUUCCACUCCCCCGCCGACUGGACCAUCGAGCACCGCCGACACUUCCCCGGUCCACUGCUGUCGGUGAGUCCCAGCGUGGCCAGGCGUGUGCGCUCGCUGUUCUGUGUAAACGAGCGUGUGGCGCUAGCCGGCCGCUGGCAGCACGGCUUCUUCUCAUUGGUUGCCGUGGGAGCCACCAACGUAGGCUCCAUACGCAUCUACUGUGACCAGGAGCUGCAGACCAACACACCUCGCUACACCACCGGCUCCUACAACGACCGCAGCUACACCAGCCCGUUGGCCGCCUCCCCCUCCAGCCCGCUGGCCGCCUCCCCCUCCAGCCCGCUGGCCGCCUCCCAGGAGGAGCUGCCGGGGAUAGGCUUGGCGUUGAGGAAGGGGGAGCCUCUAGGAGAGUUUAACCUUGGCUCCACUGUGGUCCUUCUCUUCGAAGCUCCGCCCGACUUCUCCUUCUCCUUGAGACCCGGGCAGCAUAUCCGCUUCGGCCAACCCCUGGCAGCCUGUGAUUGGUUUGGGAAGUAA